AUGAAAAGAUCUAUUAAAUUAUUGUUAAUUGGGCGGUGUCGUGUAUCAUAUUAUUGCUAUCGAUGUGUUUCAAACAAGAGGAUUGAAGGAAUUCGAGAAAAAUUCGAUGAAAAUCAAGCUCGAAUUUAUUUUGAUAAAUGGCUCAAAUCUUUGUGGUUUGCACCAGGGGGUUGGACUGAAUCAACAAAAGAUGAUGCCAUUAGCAUUACACGACGUUAUUUACCGUUUUGGAAUUUAUCUCUUCAUGGUUCCAUAGAUGCUUCUAUUGAUCUUGCGAAUAUAACAAUGCAAAAACAAGGAAAGAAUAUUGUUCCAACUCAGCGUUGGCAUUCGAUUCCUAUGAUGAUUAAUAGCUUAUCUCUAUCUGACAUUAAUAUCUAUGCAGCUCAAACACUUGAUAGAUACCAUUUAAACAAAUUAAAUAUUUCAUUCCAUAAUCAAAAUAUUGUUAAUCUUAAUUGUGAAGAUAAUGAUGUCGAACAAUGGACAGUUGAUCGAGAUACAACAUUUCAUAUUGGUUGGGAUCUUAAUAUUGUACCUCAAAUUAAACAUUUAUGUAUUCAACAAUCAAAACAGUUAUAUCCUCAAUUUAAUAAUCAUCAAAUUAAAUCAUUUCAUUUUAAUAUUUCCUCUAAAAACGAACGUAUUUUGCAUUAUCCAAUAUAUGUUAUCAAUUAUCAGUACGGUUCUCAAUCAAAUUUUACAUGUUUAGUCGAUGGUGUAACUGGUCAAGUUGUUGGUGAUAGACAAUAUUCAAUGUUUAAAGUUACUACAGCAACCCUGAUUGGUUUUUAUCCUAUGGUAUUGACAGCCAUCGCUAGUUUCAGUUCAUUCAUUGAUCCGUCAAUUGGUAUAUUACUCGCUUCAUUUCUUUCAACGAAAAUUUUGAUUCCAAUGGCAUUUAUUGUUUCACCUGUUGUUGGUCUUUGUGCAAGUUAUUACCCACAAUUCUAUCGACAACGGAUCAGUCAAGAACAGUGGCAAAAUUAUCGUUCAAAUUCAUCACAAUUCACUUAUGAUUUUACAAGUUCUUUUCAAGAAAACUAUCAAUCUUAUAGAAAAAAAAAUCAAGAGCAACGUAAAAGACAAUCGACAGCACAACGAGAAGAAGAAGCACCAUUGGAUCUAUAUAAUUUAUUAUCCAUUAGCCGAACAGCCACUGAAAAAGAAAUCAAACAUGCUUAUUUACUUAAAGCAAAAGAACUUCAUCCAGAUAGAAAUCCAGGCGAUAAAAAAUCUGAAGAACUAUUUAAAAAAGUGAAUCAAGCAUAUGCAAUUUUAUCGGACAAAUACAAGAGAGAACAGUAUGAUAAAUACGGUUAUGAAAGUGUUAAAUAUGGUUAG